UACAAAUCAUUCCGUCUAUUUGACGUUUUAGUAGUGGCGUUAAUUUGGGUGUAUUUAUAAAACAGAAUUACACACAAUAAUCCAUUACUUAGUUGCGUUUUUUAAGUACAAAUUGCUUUGAAUAUCGCACAGCGAUAAUAUAAUAUCAAGAUUUUGCGGAAAUUGUUUUCCCGAAAGCCACUGUUGUGCAAUCGAUUUUUACAUAUUUUCCGAUUUACUAGUGAAGUAAAACAAUAAAAACUUACAUUAAUGAGUGCAGUGUGAAUAUUUUACGCUAUUGUCAAGUUUUUGCUGAUUUAGGAAAAGAAAUGGAAUUAUCCAGUUUAUUGCCCGCCCCCAUACAACCCGUAUGGGAUCGGGACGACGAGAGACGGCAACAGAAUGCCACAACUCAACGUUCCACAUCUGUUGUAACAGCCCAAAGCAUUGCCCCACCGUAUGGACAAAGAAGGGGUUGGGUCCCACGAGUCCACACCGACUAUGGAGAUGGAGGCGCAUUUCCCGAAAUCCACGUGGCCCAGUACCCUCUUGACAUGGGGCGAAAGGGCAAAGAAUCAACUUCAAACGCCUUGGCCGUCCAAUUGGACGCAGAAGGCAAAGUCAAAUACGACGUAAUCGCACGUCAAGGCCACGGCAAAGACAAAAUCGUCUAUUCAAAACUCUCCGAUUUGUUACCAGUUGAAGUAACCACAGAAAAUGACCCAAGUCUUGCUAAACCAUCUCAGGAGGAAAUCGAAGAUAUCACAGAAAAAACCCGUCAAGCAUUACAACGCCUAACAAAUUCAAAAAUCGCAGCUGCAAUGCCAGUCAGAUGUGCCGAAAAACAAGGCCCCGCUGAAUUUAUUCGUUACACCCCUUCACAACAAGGGGCCGCCUUCAACUCGGGUGCCAAACAGCGCGUCAUUCGUUUGGUCGAAGCACAAGUUGAUCCAAUGGAGCCCCCACGUUUCAAGAUCAAUAAGAAGAUCCCAAGGGGGCCCCCUUCGCCCCCAGCGCCCGUUUUGCACAGCCCCACACGUCGUGUCACUGUUAAGGAGCAAAAGGAGUGGAAAAUCCCGCCCUGUAUUUCAAAUUGGAAAAAUGCAAAGGGUUACACAGUUCCGUUAGAUAAGCGUUUAGCUGCAGAUGGUCGGGGGUUGCAACAGUUGCACAUCAACGAGAAUUUCGCAAAGUUGGCUGAGGCUCUAUAUAUUGCCGAUAGAAAAGCACGAGAGGCUGUGGAAACACGCGCCCAACUCGAGAAAAAACUAGCUCAGAAGGAAAAGGAACAAAAGGAGGAGCAUUUGAGACAGUUGGCUCAAAAAGCUCGAGAUGAACGUGCUGGGAUCAAAGUCGCUGAUGCUAAAAUCACAGAUGAGGAGGAACGUGAGAGAGAAAUGCUGAGACAGGACCGGCAUAAGGAGCGAGCAAGAGAGAGAAACUUGGCAAGGGCUGCUCCCGAUAAGCGUUCAAAGUUGAAGAGGGAGCGAGAGCGAGAUAUUUCCGAGCAGAUUGCUUUGGGGAUGCCUGCCAGAGGAGUCUCCUCAAACGAGGUGCAGUUUGAUCAGAGAUUAUUCGGACAGGCUCAAGGUUUGGGGCAUGGAUAUGGGGACGAUGACGCGUAUAAUGUUUAUGAUAAGCCGUGGAGGGAGGGGGGCUCAAUGGCCAAUCACUUGUACAGACCUAGUAGGAAUGUGGAUAAGGAGGUAUACGGUGAAGAUUUGGAGAAAAUCGUCAAAACGAACCGAUUUGUUCCGGAUAAGGAGUUUAGUGGAACUGAUCGGAAUGCGCCAAGGUCUGGACCUGUACAAUUUGAGAAAGAGGAAGAUCCGUUCGGGUUAGAUCAGUUCUUGAGUCAGGCUAAACGGGCGAGCAAACGCAAGGAACCGGAGAGGAGGGAUGAGAGGGAUAAGCGAAAGAGAAGAGAUUAAAAUAUUGAUUGUAUUUGGGUUUUUUAAAUAAAUACAAUUGUAGAAAUU